UUGGAGGUAGUACGUGAAGGGCAAUCCGUGAAAGAGCAGAAAGUGGAAGCAGAUGAGGAGCAGGACUUUUUACAGAAGCUAUCUAGUGUUGAAGUACCGUUGCCAAAGAGAACCUCAAUGCAGAAAACUGUAACAGAUGUUCCAGAUGGGAACUCACCUCUGCUUUCUUUCUUUAACAAUCUUUUAAAGCAGAAGGAUCAGACUUCUCCACGCAGUCCAAUAUCUGACCCUCAGGCUCAACUGCAAAGGAUGUUGGAGCAGGCGAGUAUGUCUCCUUCUGCUCCACAUAAUCAGUCCUAA